AUGGAUCAAUACCAUUGCAGACGUUGCGGCAAUAUUCUGACACGCGAUGAGGAUCACCCUUGCUUCUUCCACAAGAAAUUUGAUUAUAUGUAUUUUCUACAACGGCCAGUAGAAUCGGAUAAAAACAGUGAUGAAGAAAAUGUUAUCAGAAAUGCUCUUUCAGAUAAUAAUAAUGUUUCCGGAACAGCUAAUUCGACUGUGAAUCCUGAUCUGCAACAAGGAACUAACGAGCCGAAAAAUGACCAAACGCAAGUUUCAGAAGGUGUAAAUGAUGAACAUAUUUCACCCGAAGGGCUCUCUGAGAGUCACUGUAAGAAAGAUAAAAUGCUCAUAGACGUGAAAAAACCUACCUCUUCGAAGGAGGAGGACAAUGCUGUGGCUGGACCUUCCGGGAUGUGUUCUCGUCAGAAGAAAUUCCCUUGUAGUUUAUGCCCUAAGGAAUUCAAGAAAGAAGCUUACCUCGUCAAACAUUAUAGAAUGCACACUGGCGAAACGCCUCAUGUGUGUGAUAUAUGCGGAAAACGAUGCAAUAAAAAAUCACAACUUAUAACCCAUUAUCGAACACAUACUGGCGACAAGCCUUUCGUGUGCGACGUCUGUAACAGAGGUUUUGCUCUAAAGAGUAAUCUUAAAGUACAUGUAAGGACGCAUACUGGAGAAAAACCAUAUAAAUGCCCAGCUUGUGAAAAGUCUUUCACAAACAGCAGCGAUUGUAAAAGGCAUCACAAAAAAAAACACGGGUGA